GCGAAUAGAAAGUUACUUGAUAUCACACAAUACAGUGCACAAUAUCUUUCUGCACUUGUGUUAAAUUAAAAUGUCUGUCCCACCUGGAUCCAUUAUCGUGUCAGACUGGCACCGCUGUCCUGAUAGCAGAGAGUUUUUCAGCAAAAUACUGCACAAGAAGAGACGGCGAAAGUUUGGGCUCUUAGAGGCGCCAAUGAUGCCUCCUCAGAUGAAUGUGGACCUCGUUCGCUACAAGGUGUUUCUCUCAGGUAAAACUGGAGUGGGGAAGAGCGCGCUUGCUGCCCGUCUCGCUGGACUCGACCUGCCCAAAAUGCACUACGAGACCACAGGCAUAGAAACAACUGUGGUCUUCUGGCCUGUCAGACUAAAGGAAAGUGGCCGUGUGUUGUUUUUCCGCUUCGAGCUUUGGGACUGUGGUGAAAGUGCCAUGCGUAGAUUUGACCACAUGUUGCUGUCCUGUAAGGAAAAGGUGGAUGCCAUCCUUUUCCUGUUCUCCUUUACUGACCGUGGCUCCUUUGACGAACUUACCAACCAAAUAUCACGGAUCACAGAACCUUCAGAUCGUGUGGUUAAAUUGGUGGUUGGCACAAAGUUUGAUUUAUUUAUGCACACAGACGUGACGGAGAGCGACGUGACACAUUUUCAGGAGGUGUGGGGUCUUCCGGUUUUCCGUGUGGGAGGUGAUGUGAGUGCUGGGCUUGGUGAGGUAGCACCUCUGCUAAAUGCCCUUGUGGAAAACUUGUGGCACCAGGAUUGUAUGGCCGCUUCAUCUGUCUCCAUCUCUCCACAGGCUGCUCUCAGAGAAACAAGCUCAGAAAUCAUUGUAUAGACCCAAAUUGAGUGAUGUUAACCAUAACAAUGGUCCCGAUGUGUUUCCUGGUACAUUGUUACAUUUCCAUAGCUUUUGAAAGUCAAAAAGUUCCACAUAUUAUUAAAUAUUGUUGCAAUAGCUGUUAUAACAUCGAGUUAUGAUUGAAUCUCCUCUUUUUACAGAUAUGAAAUAGUUUGACAACAAGCAAGAAGUAUUCAUGGCAUAGUGACAUCACCACACUGAAAUGGCCUAUAACUCCUACUCUAAUAUGACUAAAUGUGUAUGUGUAAUAUGCUGCUAUAUAUGGAAAUAAAUGUUUUUUUAGUUUUUACAUGUUUAUUAGACAUUUUAGUAGUGUUAAGUGCAAAUAUUUUAAACAGUGACCAAAAAUAAAAAUGACAUCUCAAUAAAUGAAUGUGCUUGUAAUUUCAGGAUAGUCACAGAUUUAUGUGUAUAUAUUCAGAAAGUCAAAAAUAAAAAUCUGUGCUAAAG